AUGAACGCCAACGGGUUCGAUCCAUUCGAAUGGCGCUCGUUCUACUUUCCGGGCAUGAGCCGCGAGGACGCUCACAAACUGCUCGGCGAGCUGGGAGUCACCAUCGGAACAUUUCUGAUGAGAGACAGCUCGCGACCGGGAGAGUACUCGCUGACUGUUCGAGAAGCCGACGAAGGAAACACAGUCUGUCAUUAUCUCAUCGAAAGAGAUGCAAAGGAAGACGGCACUGCUGGAGUUAAAGUGAGCAUUAUAAUAAAAAGAACAUAAACUUUCUCAGUCUCAAAUUAUUUUUGUUUCAGAUAGCAAAUCAAUCCUUCCCGGACAUUCCCGCUCUUUUGAAUCAUUUUAAAAUGAGAGUUCUCACCGAGGCGAGUCUACUGUCGGCCUACAAAAAACCAAUAAUCGAAAUAGUCGUCGGCACGUUCAAAUUCACCGGAGAGCGGGAAACAGAUCUGCCGUUCGAGCAAGGAGAGAGACUCGAGAUUCUCAGUAUGUUUUAACGAAAUUAUUCACAACAGAAAAACAUUUCAGCAAAAACCAACAAUGACUGGUGGGAGGCUAGAAAUGCACUCGGAACGACUGGACUCGUUCCGGCUAACUACGUUCAAUUGGUAGGUCAUUUUUGAGGUUCAACUGGAUAAAACGGGUCCUUUUCAGACAGGAGAGCUUGCGAACGACCGAAUCUCGAAAGGAACCAGCCAGUCGUCGAUCGGAAGCAGCGGCGGUGGAGCCGAGAGAUUCUCGAGCACGAGCACGAACAGUGAUACCGUCGACGCACAGUUCCAGGUAGCUUAUUUGCAUGUGAAGAAUACAUUUACUAACAAGUUAUUUCCAUUUCAGCCACGACUACCGGCCCUCGCAAAAGUUUCGUUCGACCGCAUUCCGAACGCCUACGACCCGACGCAAUUGCGCAUAAAAAAGGGUCAGACGGUGCGAGUCACGCAUAAGCUGACCAACGGAAUGUACAAAGCAGAGCUGGACGGACAGAUCGGAUCCGUGCCAUUCACAUAUCUCCGAUUCAUCCGUGCCAACGAAUGA